AUGGUUGACUUUCAGAUAAUACUUUUAAGGAAUUGUCUGGCAAUUGAGGGCCAAGACAACCCUGUGCAGAGAGAAAUCCACCAGGACUGGGCCAACAGGGAGUACAUCAAGGUCAUCAUCAGCAGUAUCAAAAAGAUCCCUGAGUUCCUCAAUUCAUUCGACAUGUCGUGCUGUUCAAGGCUAGCCACACUGAUUGAGAAACUUACCUCAUUAGACCAAAUGAUUGAGUACACUGAAGUAAGGGUAACUACAGGGGAGACACUGACCUAA